AUGCUCAUAUGCUCUGCCACAAUCACUCUCAUUCAAAAACUCUGGUCUUUGAUGGAUCCUGCUCCUUCUCCAGAGGGUCAUCUCAUCGACUAUGCUCUCAACUGUCUCCCCAGGUCUUUCAAAUCGCCUGGUACAUGGUGUGAUUGGUGGCUGUGCUUGCUUUCCUUGCUACGUGUAGUUGAUCAAACCACCUCAUCCUACAAACUGCCAGAAGAAAAAGUUCAUGGUCAAAUCUUCAUCGACCUUGCAGCAAAAUUCCGUGCCACAAAACCAACCCUUCUCCACCGCAUCCUGCCACCUACCCAAGAACCUGUUCCUGGUGAUCUGUUCCCCCAUCUUCUAUCCGAAAUUUCUACAAUUCCUCAUUAA